CUUUGGGUGCAUCACUGUCCACCGGAUGGCAUCGGGUCGUGCCUCGUUUUGCGUCACGCUGGAGAAGUGGCCUGGAGACGAGGGGGCACUGCUGGGAGUCCGAAGUGUCCGCGCAGCCCGCAGCUGAGCGGCCAGCAUGCGGCGUGAGAGGAGACACCUGUGAUCAGAGCUGCGGUUCUUCCUCACUGUCCUCUUCCUUUUCUUAUUACAACUUUCCUCUCUCUGAGUCGCUCCUCCCCACACCUCCUCAGUCAGGUGAGUCCCGCUCCGCCGCCAUGACCUCUAAGGACGACUCGAAAUGUCCCGCAGGGCUCGAGGAACGGAGACGCAGUCCGCUGGAUCAGCUGCCGCCGCCGGCCAACUCCAACAAGCCGCUGACGCCUUUCAGCAUCGAGGACAUCCUCAAUAAGCCGUCAGUGAGAAGGAGCUACUGUCUCAACUCUCCCAGAGACAAGCUGCCCUCAGCGGCGCACAACCUGUCCGGCCGCGCGCUCCUCAGCCAAACGUCCCCGCUGUGCGCGCUGGAGGAGCUCGCCAGCAAAACCUUCAAGGGUCUGGAGGUCAGCGUGCUGCAGGCUGCAGAGGGUAAAAAGACCGUAUUUCUUCUGAGUGGCUCUGGCUUAAGCAUGCUGACUGUUGUGUUUAUUCUUCUACAGCAGUAUUUGCUAUUUUCUGGAGAGUUAUUAAAGAUACUGCUUUACAUUUCGUUUAUAAAACACCUAUUUAGCUUUUAUUUUUGAUGAAGAUACAUUAAAAAAAAAGGUCUCUAAAAAUCUUUGAAAAGGUUGACAAAUAUUUUCUAUCAGUUUUAUAAAGAUAUAAACUUUGUAACAUUCAAACAUGGCGUCACUAAAUUAAAUCCUCUCAUAAUUUCACAAAAAAAAAUGUUUCACUUUUUUCCAGGAAAUGCAGAAAGAUUUCUGUAAAUUUUUCACAUUUAUCAUUUACGACAAAAGAGAGUAAAGGAUCUUUUUGAGGAUGUUUGGUUGAUUCUCUUCGUAACUUGUGAUCAUUUUGGCAAAUUACAACUUUUACUUGAAUAAUGAAUAAAUCUUGAAAAUAGCUACAUCAGUGCAGUGUGGCUACUAAUUUGACAAAGGCGCAUGUUGAAGAUCUGAAGACAUCUAGUUUUUUUGUUUUGUUUUUGUAGGAAAUAUCUUCAUCAGACUCUCUCUGUCUCUUAUAGGCCGGGACGGGAUGACGCUGUUCGGACAGAGAAACACACCGAAGAAGCGGCGGAAAUCCCGCACAGCAUUUACCAACCACCAGAUCUACGAGCUCGAGAAGCGUUUCCUGUAUCAGAAAUACCUAAGUCCGGCAGACAGAGACCAGAUCGCCCAGCAGCUGGGUCUGACCAAUGCGCAGGUCAUCACCUGGUUUCAGAACCGGCGGGCAAAGCUCAAGCGGGACCUGGAGGAGAUGAAAGCGGACGUGGAGUCCGCCAAGGCCGUUGGCGCCGUGGCCUUCGAGAAGCUCUCCAAGCUGGCCGAGCUGGAGAAGUGCGCGGCCGGGGUCAUAGGCGGGGGGACGGUUUCAGUACCAGGCCACAGUGAGAAGAACCCUGUCCCCUCCAAGUCUCACCACGACACCAUCGACAGCCUAAACUCAGGCAAAAGCCACAUUUCAUCCUCCUCACCCGCAUCGUCGCCGUACACGGACCGGCUAAGCAGCAAAUGUUGUUCAGAGGACGAAGAUGAAGAGAUUGAUGUGGAUGACUAGAAAGAUAUUAUUAGUCAGUAAAACAACGGUGUGAAGUGCCAAUCAUCAAGUGAUGCCCGAAACACAAAGUCCGACUUUAACAGGAUUUCCUCCUUGACGCACGGACGCAGCGGUGCGCUUAGAAUAUCCGGAACCAGGCGCACUGUUUGGAACAGUAGCCACACGCCAGGGUAUUUUUUUGGCAACAGGCACGCGCUCACAAACGAACUCCACGCGACAGACACUUUAAAGGCCAGACUCAAGGAAGCAAACAUGCAGGUGCUUAUUAAAAAACAGAGGGGUGGUUUGGAAAUUUACUGCAUGUUUUAUAUGGUUUUAUUUUGAAAGUCUUUCUAGUUUCUACAAAAAGUUUUUAUAAACCCAACAAACUCUCUUCAAUCUAUCGAUUAUUCUAAUAUGAUAAUCACAACUCAAAAUGUGUAACUAAAAGCUUGUAAUAAAUGACAGUUUAAUAUAUUUGUAAUGCUUGUAUUUUGUACAACGCCGAAGUGCCUUAAAAAUAAGAAACACAACCCAAAAUACAAACUGUACAAACUGUAAACUAAAGUCAUCAUGUCAAAAAAAAUCAUUAAAGUUCACGUUUUGAAAUAUUCAGC